GCUCUGGCCUAGGCUGCAGCCAUGCCUCUUCUGGAAGAGACCACUCACCAACAAGAGCGCCCACCCACUGUCCCUGUAGUCAUCAUAGGCAACGGGCCAUCAGGUAUUUGUCUGUCCUACCUGCUGAGUGGAUACAAGCCCUACCUAGAUACGGCAACUGUCCACCCAAACCCGAUACUCUACAGGAAGCUGCAGGAGACCAAACACCUACCUAUCACCGAACAGGAUCUGGAAUAUUUGAGUGAAGGUCUUGAGGGGAGGUCAAGGAACCCUGUGGCUGUGCUUUUUGACACACUACUCCACCCCAAUGCUGACUUUGGCUAUGAGUUCCCCCCUGUCCUUCAGUGGAGGAGAGACAAACAGCAACACAUCCCACAUCUGGUGCUGGGAAGGGCAACGCCUGGAGGUGCUUGGCAUGCUAUGGAAGGGUCCAUGCUGACUAUAAGUCUUGGCAUCUGGAUGGAGCUUCCUGGGGUUAACUACAGAGACUUGACCAAUGGGAAACGCAGGGAUGUAACCAGUGACAGAGCCACUCCGGAGGAGAUCUCAUCCUAUUACCGUAACUAUGUGAAACUAAAGGGCCUCCAAAAGAAUUUUGUUGACAACACCUACGUGACCUCUGUCCAGAAACUCUGCCGGGGGCACGAGGGAGAAGGUCUGGAAAAUGGACACACUGAUCAAGGAGAUGGGGGGGUGGGAGAUGGUGGGAAUGAAGGGUUUGAGGGAAAUGGUGUUGAGUGCCUAAACAAGGGAGGAGGGGGGGCGCUCUGGGAAGUAAGGGGAUACCAGCAGGUGCAGAGCGACACUCAUGUCCCCUUCUCUCUAUUUGCUGAGAAUGUAGUUCUGGCCACCGGUGCGUCUGAUUCGCCGGUUCAUUUGGGUGUAGAGGGAGAGGACCUACCCUUUGUAUUUCACAGCAUCUCAGACCUGGGUUUGGCUGUAAGCCGGAGAAAACUGGAUAUGAACUCAGAUCCAGUUUUAAUUGUAGGUGCCGGUUUAAGUGCUGCAGAUGCAGUUCUGUGUGCUUGUAACAGCAACAUUAGAGUGUUGCAUGUCUUUCGUAAGAGUGUAGACGACCCAGACCUCAUCUUCAAACAGCUGCCCAAGACUCUUUACCCAGAGUACCACAAAGUCUACAACAUGAUGUGCUCUCAGACCUACACGGACGUGGCUCCACCCUCUGCUUUAAACAGACCCCAGGCAGUUAGUAUUGCCUCCUCAGUAUGUGCCAAGAUGUGCCCAAAGCCUCAACUUGCCACAGGUAACAUGGCUGGUAAUGCCAGUGCCAGCCUGUUUCCUGACUAUACCAGUUUCCCUGAACACUGCGUGGUGUCUUUCCAGUCUGACAUGAAGUGUUUGCUGCAGGGGAACAACUCUCUCAAGGCAUUCAAGAUUUCCAUGGCCCUAGUGCUGAUUGGGACCAACCCAAACUUGUUUUUCUUGAAGGGGCAGGGCCAGUACCUGGGUCAUGAUCCAACGAAACCCAUCUCCUGCAAGCAGAACCCCAUUGACAUCCACCCCUACACGUUUGAGUGUACCAAGGAGCCAGGUCUGUUUGCCAUGGGCCCACUGACGGGAGACAACUUUGUUCGCUUUUUGAAGGGCGGCGCUUUAGGCAUCGCCUCCUGUCUGCUGAAGAGACUCAAGAAGAAAGGGAAGCUCAUCAGCAAUGGAGGGAAUAACUUCAUUUGA